CGUAUCGAAUGUUGACUUUGAUCUUCUUCCACUCUCAAGUUCACCGUGAUACUCUUCCUUCUGUUGCAGGGGUCGGAUCAACAUGUCUAUAAACAAACACAUGUACCGGCGUUGAUCUCUCCUGCAGACUGCAUUUGCAUUUGCACUUGCACCUGCUUCUCUCUUUCUCCUGCCGUUUCCAAGUCUUCUUCUACUACCUACCUAGCUAUAGGUGAAGGAGAUAACUUCUACGUACCUGCCAUAUCCUUCACAUCUUCUGCCCCACAAGUUCAUUCAUAAUCCUUUCUUCCUCUUGUUUUAUCUAGCAUUACCUUGCAAUUUGUUAGUAACGACUGUGGACGUCAGUCAAUGAAAAGAACGACAAAUCAUCUUAGAAUUAUUGUCCCCAUCUUUCAUAACGAUACAAAUUCGAAUUGAAUAACUUUCGGCUUUAUUUUGAAAGACAAAGUCAAAGUUAAUUGUAUAGGGGCUUCUACCAGACAAACAAGAACGUUGAUUGGCUCACAUUGGUGAAUUGUGAGGGGUGGGAAUACAGAAAACAAUAAUAGGGAGUAUUUUGGGUGGAUUGGUACAAAUGUCGACCACAAGAAUCUCAUCACCGAAAAGGUCACCCAAAAAAUCGACUUUCGUCAAAACUGGAAUUUUGAGCACCAAAUCAACACCCAAUCUCAACGCCUCCUAUAAUUUGGCAUUACUACAAGCUUCAGGAGCUACACCCGUUCCUGCAUAUCCUUCCAACAACGGUCAAGGUUUUGCCUUAAAUAAUCCUAGGUCGCAACCGUCUCGACAAGUCUCACUUGCUUCCCUUACCUCAAAUUCACUUGCGACAAUCCCAGAUGCAAGCAAGAGAUACCCUCUUUCUACAGUUUUUGAUGAGGAUAUGCCAACAGUAGGCAACAUGCCACCAUACACACCUGCUCGAGUUGGCGGUGGGCCGGAGGAACUAGAGGUUGGUGAUAUAGUCGAUGUACCAGGUAACAUGUAUGGCAUUGUCAAAUUUGUUGGCAGCGUGCAAGGCAAAAAGGGUGUAUUUGCUGGAGUAGAAUUAAGUGAAAUGUUUGCUUCAAAAGGAAAAAACAAUGGAGAUGUUGAAGGAAUUCACUACUUCGACACAACAAUCGACGGUGCUGGAAUUUUUCUUCCAGUUAACAGGGCGACAAGACGUAGCACCCCUUCUUCGCACGAUGAGUCAUUUCCCCUUUCACCGGCUUCUCCAUCGAUGGGCAACAGGGCUGGGAGAUUAGGAUCCGAGUUAAAUGGUCAACCAACACCCUCGUUACCAAGAUUCAGUCAAUCUGUUGGUCCAGGCAGAACAGCAAACCCAUAUGUUCAAAAGACACGAUCAUCCAUGGCUACACCUAUUACUUCAAGACCAGAGUCACCAGUUCGAAGAGCACCCAAUGCUAACCCAUCAUCAAAUACACCUGUACAAAGGGUUCCAUCUCGAUAUGCAAGCCCUGCACAGGCAAACUUUGGACAGAGCGUUAGAGGAACACAAGAUUCUAGAGAUCCAAGUAAGAAAGUUGGUUAUACCCCCCGAAAUGGCUUGAAAACACCAGUACCUCCACGAAGUGUUUCCGCACUUGGAACGGGGAAUAGACCUGCACCAAUGAACUCGAUGAAUUACAGCGAUGAAGAGACACCUCCUGCAGAGAUUGCACGCACGGCAACAAACGGAAGCGUAGGCUCAGUCUCUUCCUUUAACGCGAAAUUACGACCUGCAUCAAGAUCCGCAUCGCGUACAACCUCCCGGGCUACUGACGACGAAUUUGAGCGAUUGAGAAGUCUGUUAGAAGAUCGCGAUAGGGAAAUAAAAGAACAGGCUUCCAUUAUUGAAGACAUGGAGAAAACUCUCAGCGAAGCACAAUCAUUGAUGGAGAACAAUAAUGAGAACGCGAGUGGUAGACAUAGUCGGGAAAGUGUGGAUGACAAAGACGUAACACAGUUAAGGGCAAUUAUACGUGAAAAGAACGACAAAAUCGCCAUGCUGACUGCAGAGUUUGAUCAGCAUCGAGCUGAUUUCAGAAGCACGAUAGACACGCUCGAAAUGGCCGGUGCGGAAACCGAGAGAGUAUAUGAUGAGCGCAUGCGUGCUCUUGUAAUUGAGCUCGAUACAAUGCACGAGAAUAGUCAUGAUGUCAAGCACGUUGCUGUACAACUGAAACAGCUAGAAGAGCUCGUUCAGGAGCUCGAGGAAGGUCUUGAAGAUGCACGACGUGGUGAAGCCGAAGCUCGGGGUGAAGUUGAGUUCUUGCGUGGAGAGGUUGAAAGAACUCGAUCUGAACUCCGUCGCGAGCGAGAGAAGACUGCCGAAGCUCUUAGUAACGCAAAUUCUCCUGCGAGCGCAAGUGCGGGAACACAUUCCAAAGAGAUUGCGCAAAGAGAUGACGAGAUUCGUGGAUUGAAAGCCAUCAUUCACUCGCUCAGUAGAGAUGCCAUACCUGAUGGGAAUCUCUCGGAUCAGGACGCAACACCAAACAUUUUACGACCUGGACUUAGUCGAAGCCGUACAGACAGCGCUUCAGUUUCUGAAGAGGAGCGCCGUAUCCGGGAGAAGCUCGAACGAGAAGUGAUUGAGCUCCGUGCUCUGGUAGAAAGCAAAGGCAAUAAAGAAGAACAGAUGGAGCGCGAGUUAGAGGGACUACGAAGGGGAAGUGUUGGCAAUCCUACCACGCAUCGUACUAGUGCCAUGAGCAGUGGAACUGUGACUCAGGAUAGAAAUUCUCUCCAGGAUACUAAGAGCACAGUUGAAAGCUGGCGAGAACGUGGAACCUCGGAUGCUCACCGCAAUAAUCUGGAGACAAUGCCUGAGAAUGACGGCUACUCCUCUGCAGCUGAGGACUUCUGUGAAUUGUGCGAAACCUCAGGUCAUGAUGUCCUACAUUGCCCGAUGUUUGGCCCCAACGGUAACAGCAGCAAUUCUAAGGAUGAGUCUCCUAAAGAGCAUCGAACAGGAAAGGAUGUUGUCAUGGAGGGACUUAAAUUAUCACCCAAGCCAUCCCAGGAAGAAUACAAACCGGCACCGUUAGUGCCAGCCAAGAAAUCGCCUGAUGCAUCGCCUAUCAAAACUAUUCCCAAUCUCAUGGAACCAGGAGCUGCACCAGGAAAGGAAAGUGGAGUAAUUAAUAUGGAUAAAUGGUGCGGUGUAUGUGAACGGGACGGACAUGACAGUAUUGAUUGUCCUUUUGAGGAUGCUUUUUAGGAGACUACUGUUCCAGAUGUUUCAGGAUAAGCUAUCACAACGUAUUUUCUUAUUGCUUUUCUUUUUUAGUCACAGGCAAGGCCGCAUUGCAUUGCAGGAGUGCUAUCCGUCUGCGAUAUACCCUCUCGGUUCUCUAUUUCAAGUAUACUUUUCAUGCGACAAGUCAGGGAGAAGAUGAUGUUUUCACGAGGAUUGGAUGAGGUGAAACUGGGUUGAAUUUUGGGGAGGGGAGGGGAGGUUAACAUGAGUUGAAUGGACGUAAUGAUCAUGUAGUAUACUUUGUCAAAUUAAUGAUUCAAAUGCA